AAACUUUCCACAGUCUGUGACAGAAUUCAAGUGAGUUGAAACAGUUGAGAAAGAAAAAAAAACAUUAAAUACGCAACAUCAAUUAAACAGUAUUGUGAAUAACACCAAUUUGUUUAUAAUCAGUUGGCACACUAAAAACAACUUAGUUAAUUGUUUGCACAUAAAAAAAAAAAUACUACAUAUAUUCGCAGUCAACGUUUCUGCCCACGCACACGAGCUCUGCUUGGGUCUCUUUUGCGGCUUGCAGUGUUGUUCAACUUGAUAUCGAAAUAAAAAAAAAAUCCCAUCGCCGACCAAUGCUCAUUUAAAAAGCUAACUCAGAAAAAGCCCAUACUUACCGUUGCAUUAGCAAUUGGAUUACUCAGAAUUAAAAGCUGAUAAGACUUAAGCGAAAUGGCGCCAUUUAAACUCAAAUUUCGCAUGGGCAGCUCGCGAAGCACGAGUACAUCGCAAGAGCAUGAUCCGGAUCCGACAGUGAACGAGGCGCUAUUGGGCACACAGCAACAGGAACAGGAACUAAAUCAGCAGCAGCAGCAGCACCACCAACAACAACAACAACAUCAGGCAGUUGGUGCCAGUAGUUCCACAAUUGAUUCAGUUGAUUGCAACAGUGUCGGUUCAAUGAGCGAACGGAAGCUGCUGCUGCCUCCGAAUCCAAGUAAAGCUGGCAAUAAUUCCAACAGUUUACGUAUGGGCUAUGUCAACCCGAGUCGCACACCGUGCAUCAGCGAAACGGCAACGGCAACGGAUAGCAACAAGGUGCCUACCACACCGCCACCCACCUAUGAGUAUGUGCUAGAAGAGAACACGCGCCUCUCGCAGCAUCAACGGCAGCUGUCGUCGGAGAACAGUGCUACGCCCAAUCAGAACAGUCGACGCAGCUCGGCGAAUAGCUCGCGGCAGAGCGCUGCUCAUCUGAGCGCCGCCCUGGAGCAGCUGACCCUAAAUGACAGCAGCAAUAGCAACAGCAACAGCGACAGCGACAGCAACGACAUUUGCAACGAUCCGGAUUGCCAGCAGAACUACAACAACAGCGGCAACUGUGGCAGCCGGAACAACAACAACAACAGCAACAACAAUAACAACCGCAGCAACAACAACAACGACGGCGAACAACUGGAGCAACGGGAGCAGCAGAUCCACCCGCACAUCAUCGAGGGCGUCACCGAGCUGGAUCUGGAGCACAGCGAGAACGAGGAGUGCACGCUGAGCGUCAACGAGUUUCUAUUGGAAACCGAAAUGGCUGCUUCACGUGCCAAUAAGGAUAAUCUCUAUGCCGCCUGCAGCGAUGCCAGCGAGGGCCAACAGCCGUGCACGGAUGCCGAAUGCACAGAGUGUGGCGAGCAGGCCGCCUGCGGUAGCGGCCACCUUGGCAUGGAAUCCGAGGAGGAUGGCGAGGAGCCAAGCACCAGCAACGCGGCACGACACAAUUUCUAUGAUCCGCUGCUAAAUCGCUAUGGCAGCGAGCCUGGCUGCUCCAAUGGCGCCGCAUCGGGCAACAGCAGUGCACAAUCUUGCAACGAGGCCUGCUGUGCAUCAGGCUCUGGCUCCACUUCAGUUUCCUCGAGAAGCCGUCGUGGACGUCGACAGCAGCAGCAACAACAGCAACAGCAGGAGCAGAGCUGCCUGCUCACGCCGGAAAUGAUGAGCAACAAGACCUCCAAGGAGAUCUACAAGGAUCUGGCAAAGCAGUGGGGCAUUACGUGCAAAAUGUCCGAAAGCUGCCGAUGCAUGGACUGUCAGAGCCAUUAUUUCGAUUGCGAUUACGAUGAUAACGAACAUCAGAAAACAGAUGGCGGAUUGGGAGCUGGCACGCCCAUGUUCAUCAGCGAGGUAAUGCACGGUUCUGGCUGUCAGAUAUUGUAAAGGAUACUCGUUUUAUAUAUAUAUAUAUUUUUUUUUUUUUUGGUUUUUGCAUAUGAAGAGAUUGCUGAACAAAUGUUAUAUGUAAAUGCAAAUUGUUUAACUAGAAAAGCCAAAUGAAGAGCAAGCUUAGUGUACGCAACAGAAUAUGUUUGGCAUUAAAUUGACGUUAUUUGCACAAGCUGUUUGCGCAAGCUGUUUGCACAAAAUGAAGUAGGAAUAAUGUUGCACCGUGUAGCCUAUGCGAAUUAGGCUGAAAUAAUCAAUUAUACUGGAUAAAACAAUGAGGCAAAUGAAAUUAUUUAUGUAUAGCCAACAAACGUAGACUUUGAAAAUUAUAUGAAAAAUUCGUAAUACCAUAUUUUUGCCAUUGAAAAGUAUUGGUCAACUUUUUUUCGAGAAGUUUUUGAUUCAGAACUUUAACUAAAUGCAUUUUCUUUCAAAGGAUUAAACACGAUUUGCGAAUUGAUUAGGAAAAAAAAAGAACAUUUCAAAACCCACCUUGCAAGAAUAUCCUUAAAUGUGUUCCAUUUUAGAACCAAAAUUUAUGCAAAGUCUGCAACCAUUCAAAACAAAUAUAUAUUUGAUUUGCGGCACUUUUGAUAAAAUGUCAAAGACCUUUAACUGCAGUAGUUGUAAGCCCCAUGACAUCCCCUACAAUAUCCGAGCUUGUCAGAAGUUUAUCGAAAUGGUCAAAUUAUAAAGUAGAGGCGGCUUUCUAGAAAAGAAAAAAGAGAAGUUUGUAAGUAUUUUUCUAUAUGAAGAAUUAUGUGUAGCUGGCAAAACGUUAGAAACGCAAAAUAGACAAGUGCAGGAGGCAUUCCCGUGCCCUAGAAUAUAGGCAUUAUACGUACCCCACACACAAUUAUUAUUAUUAUUAUUCUGAUCGAGAAAAAUCUAAAAGUAGUCUAAGCAAAACAACGAUGCGAACAGUUGGCACUUUUGUGCCGGGCAAAGUAUGGAGUCAUAUAUUUAACAGAAUUAUGGAUACCAAAAAUGUUAAUACUACAAUUCUAGCCUUAUCGAGGCGAAACAAAGUUAACUUUUAUUACAAAUAUGCUGAUAUUUUUAAAACGAAGCGCAAAUAUUUAGUCUGAUAUUUUGUAUGGUCUCGGUAUUUUCCAAAUGGAUUUCAUCAUAUUUCGCUAUAUACACACAUAUAUAUUAUUGAUUUUGUUAAAGCUGCGAGUCACAGAGCAAAGGCAUUUAGAAUCCAAAUCCCAGGCACCUUAACUAUGUUCCGUACUAUCUAAGCAAGCGGGUUUCAUUCGCCAACGAGGCAAAUAAACUCACAAUCUAAAAUCAACACUAAAAA